UAUGGGUUAGGCUUCUCUUUUGUAGGUUUUCGCUGAUUUCUGUUGCUCGGCGUACUGUUUUUUUUUUAAACACUUAUCAAUAUCUUGUAGACUUAAUUGCAAAGUCUUACGCCUGGUACGCAGCAAUUUUAACACGCUUCGAUGAAAAGUUUUUCACAGCUCUUUUGUGGUCCUGCUGUCAAGAGAUAAUCAUUGUAGGUCCUCGGUGUUUAGGACCAUAUCCCACUCUACUGCUUGCAUCCAUAUCCCGUAAAUCAUUAGUGGACAGCACAAUGCUCGUAUUGGUGCCAUAAAACAUUCGGUACGCGUUAUCUCCAAAGCCGCGCAACAUGACAAACUGGGGUUGGAAUUACAUUGAAUUUUUUUUUGCUUUUUAUGUCUUAUCCAUGUCAACAGCAACGGGCAUUACAAGCAACACACUCCUGAAUUUACAUGAUGGCAACAGCUUGGACCAGGGUGUAUUACACAGUGCCGUCCCUAAGCCUCUACGCUAUGACACCACUUUACCUCUUCUGCUGGAUGGGAGAGAGCGCAGACCAAUCAGCAGGCUCAUGACCAGGGGUCAUCCUGUGUCACUGAGGUUGAUGGUGGAGGCGGAAGGUGAACAACUGAUCCUUGCUCUAGAAAAAAAUGAGGGCCUGUUUGCAAGCCAUUACACGGAGACACAUUACCUGGAGGAUGGGAGUGUUGUCACUGGGGUUCACAACUUUACGAAGAACUGCUACUACCAUGGAGAAGUAGAGGGCCUAGCUAACUCUGAUGUUACUCUCAGCACCUGUUCUGGCCUCCGGGGUUUCAUCUCACUUGGAAAUAAAACCUUAUUUAUUGAGCCAUUGCUGGAUCAGGAUGACAACACACACAUGAUUUACAAAGGGGAGAACCUCAACAUGUCCCCUGGAACCUGUGGUCACAGCUUCAACAUGUCGUAUGUCACCCCUGACCAUCAUUUGAGAAGCCCUUUUGGAACGUUCAGUACCAGGCAAAAAAGGCAAGCUCAGAAGACUACCAAAUAUGUAGAGCUCGUCAUCGUUGCAGAUAACAGAGAGUUUCAGAAACAGGGAAAGGAUGUUGAGCGGGUGAAGCAGAGACUAGCAGAGAUAGCCAAUUACGUGGAUAAGUUCUUCAGGGUCCUGAACAUCCGUGUGGCCUUGGUAGGCCUGGAGGUGUGGAGCGACUCUGAUAAGUGUCCCGUAACUCAGGACCCCUUCAACACUCUGCACGAGUUCCUGGACUGGAGAAAAGUCAAGCUUCUCCCGGCCAAAUCACAUGACAAUGCUCAGCUCAUCAGUGGAGUGUACUUUCAGGGUACCACCAUUGGCAUGGCCCCCAUUAUGAGCAUGUGUACGCUGGAGCAGUCUGGAGGCAUUGUCAUGGACCACUCGGACAAUCCCCUGGGAGCCGCUGUGACUUUAGCACAUGAGCUGGGGCACAACUUUGGCAUGAACCACGACACCCCGGAGCGGGGGUGUGGCUGCAGGAUGGCCCUGGACCGUGGGGGCUGCAUAAUGACUCCCUCAACUGGCUACCCUUUUCCUACAAUGUUCAGCACCUGCAGUAAGAAGGACCUGGCUGCCAGUCUGGAGAAAGGAGUGGGGAUGUGUCUGUACAACAUGCCUGAAGUCAAGGUGCUCUACGGGGGACAAAAGUGUGGGAACGGAUACGUUGAGGAGGGGGAGGAGUGUGACUGUGGGGAGCAAGAGGAAUGCAUGAACCCGUGCUGUAAUGCCACCACCUGUACCCUGAAAGGAGAUGCCGUGUGUGCCCAUGGGCAGUGCUGUGAGGACUGCAGGCUGAAGCCAGCUGGCACGCCGUGUCGAGAGUCCAGUAACUCCUGUGAUCUGCCAGAGUUCUGUACUGGUGCCAACCCCCAGUGCCCUGCCAACUUGUACCUGCAUGACGGGCACGCCUGCCAAAACAUGGAUGGAUACUGUUACAACGGUAUCUGCCAGACCCACGAGCAGCAGUGCAUAACGCUAUGGGGACCAGGAGCUAAAACUGCCCCAGGGAUCUGCUUUGAGAGGGUUAACUCAGCAGGAGAUCCUUACGGGAACUGUGGGAAGGAUUCCAAAGGGUUGUUUGCCAAAUGUGAAGCCCGACAUGCAAAGUGUGGUAAAAUUCAGUGUCAAGGAGGGGCUAACCGCCCUGUGAUUGGCACCAAUGCCGUCUCCAUAGAAACCAACAUCCCUCUUCAGGAAGGAGGGAGGAUCCUGUGUCGGGGGACCCACGUCUACCUGGGGGAUGACAUGCCCGACCCUGGACUGGUUCUAUCUGGUACCAAGUGUGCGGAGGGCAUGAUUUGUCUGAAUCGUCAGUGCCAGAAUGUCACUGGGUUUGGAGUGCACCAGUGCUCAGGGAAGUGCAAUGGAAGAGGGGUGUGUAACAACAAGAAGAACUGCCAUUGUGAAGCACACUGGGCCCCCCCCUUCUGUGACAGCGCAGGGUUUGGAGGAAGUCUUGACAGUGGACCAAUGAGACUGGCAGAUGUCCACGUGUGUGUAUUAAUGUGCAUGUUGUCGCAUGUGACGUCAGCUGACAGCAGGGUGGUCGCUAUGGCAAUCCUGGCCACCCUCCUCAGCCUGAUGGGUGCUGGGUCCCUGGUGUUCUUCAAAAGGAAGACUUUACUACGUCUGCUCUUCACCAACAAAAAGACCACCAUGCAGAAACUGAGUAGAUCUGUUGGGUCGACUAGACCAUCCAGCCCUAGCCAAACCCAGUCGAUGUACAGUCCACAGCACAAACCCCCUGCCCAGCCUCCAUGCGACAGCAUAUACAAGCCAUCCUACCUGAGCUCAGAGCCUCUCCUUCCUCGGCACGUUUUCCGUUCCCACAGCUUGCUGCGGCUUCCCCACUGCCAGCCCAUCCAGAUCAGCGAUCCCAUGCCUGUCUCCCUCUGUGUGGGACAGCAGCCCCUGGCACUGGCACCAUCCCAUCACAGGGCCCUGCUGGCCCGCUCCGCCCUAACCCCUCUGCGGACAGCGCCCCUACACAGUCCGCCAAGACAGCAGCCCGGCAGGAUGGAACAGGACCAGGAGAGGCCCAGUCCACCCCAGAAGCCCCUGCCUGCAGACCCUCAGGGAAGGAGUGCUCGGGUGGCACACAGAUCCUUGGUGCUGGGGGUCCGUCUGCCUGGACCCAUCCCCACCGUACCCAGGGCCCUGCUGACUAUGCCACAACCUAACAGACCUGCUCCAAUGCAACCCCUGAGACUGCCAAAGACUCAUCAUUUUGACAACUGAUCGCUAUGAAGUUGUGAUGGAGUGGAAUAGUGGAGAACUCUUUGGAUGGAGACCCAUAUUUGCACUAAAAAACUCCACCAAAUUUAAUUUGUUACUUUUAAAGUGUCUCUUGGUUUUAGGGAAAGGGGACUGACUUUGAACCUUGGUGCUGUGCCUCUGAAAGGUGUAUUUGCUGUCCUCACUCAGGUACAAUGAAAUAUAUAAUGUCUAUAUUUAUUAUCACUGUGUCCACAGGGCAGAAUAGGUUUACCUUACUGACAUUAUUUGGACUCAGAUCUCUUGCUGGUCACUUAAUCUUAUCCCCAGAAGACCGCAUUGCUGUAAAAUCUUUUUUGCUUGGUGAUUUUAUACAGACGUACUGACAAAUUCCAUGAUUUUUGUAUUCUGUGAAGUUCUUUGAAUAAUUAAAGAGAGAAUGAGAGAUUGGGGUCAUACUAAAGGGAAACAGAGAACUGCAUGAAACACUUUGUAACUUGUAACUUACUAAUCAUGUGUGUUAGGGACUGGGGGUUUAUGUUUAGUUGACCAUGAAAUGCUGUUACAUUCUGUGGCAUCCACUAAUCAGCAUUAGUGUUGGACUGACAUGUUGGACAUUAAUUCAUUCAGGUUUGUUUUGACAAUGCCAUUUUAGUCCAAAUUUAAGGGAACUGAAUGAAUGAAAACAGAAUGAAAACAUCCUUGAGAAUAAACAGAAUCAUGUUUUAAGGUCCAGAGCAGUCAAAAACAUGAUUGCUAAUUUGUUUAUAGAAAUAACACUAUGAAAUGAUAAUGCCCUCUUUGCAUAGUGCGGUUUCAUAAAAAGAAAAGAAAGAAAAGGGUCUGGAUUUGUUUAGAAACAUGUUUAGGUGUAAUUUGGACAACUGUAUGAUGUGACGAGGUUGAUUUAAUUGUAAUAGACCAAAGACUGUUUAGCUGGAUAAGAGGGUGAGAGCGCUACACCAGUGGUUCCCAACCAGGGGUACUAGGACCCCUGGGGGUACUUGGCCUCUCCACAGGGGGUACUUGAAAACA